GCUCACGAUCACAAGGUGUGCUGUUGGCUUCGUCCGUAGGCCUUCCGUUGGUGCAUUUCUCGACUCCUCAUCCGGUUUUUUGAAGCGGUCGGUUUCUGUGUGGUUUAUGCUCCUCGCGGCCUCUAGCGCUGUCGUCAUCGUUUAUGCUCUCAGCAGCUGUGUUCAGGUGUUUUGGCCAGAGGGCGAGCGCGCGAUAAGACGCGCAUGUGAUCGAUCGUGUGUGUAUAGUGUGCGGGUGUUCACGGAUCGUAGCGGUCGUGUGGUGUUUGUUGUCGUCUCAGUCUUGGUCUCGGUCUUGGUAGGGUUGUGUUGGAACCCUUUCGGAGGCGGCAGUAGACCACAUAAUCUUGGGCACGCGGGGUUAACAGUUCCGAAGCACCGGUUCAACGAAACAGUUUCCGCCUUGUUCUGACUCGUGGCACUCGUGUCGGCACUCGAAAUCGUUUCGUGUGCAGUGCUCCAGCUGGAGAUAACGGAAGCACACGUGUAUUUACCUGACGUCGUAGUUUUGAACAGGUGCUAACCCAAGUGUAAUAAGUUACAAAACACUAAAGGAAAGUGAUCGUCUCCUCGACUUAGGGCGAAAUCCCAUUUUAAAAAAAAGUGAAACCCCUUGCAAACAAAUACGCGUGGCCAAUCAACAACCAUAGUUGUUCAACUCAGUUGUUGUUAGUGACUAGCUACCCAACUAAAUCGUUACCCAAACAAGCGACUAAAUCGCAAAUUAUCGCCUGCUCUCGAAUUGGUCCCCCCUUAUGCCAUUUGAAGGCAGAAGCAACAGAUGCAGAACAACCAGAACAACGAAUCCAGUUCGGUCCAUUACGGAGCAGAUAGACUGUGAAUGAAAAGCAGCAGCAGAAGCACGCUUAUCAGUUCGGUGCUAAUUGCUCGGCAACGAAUAAUCCUCUUCAGUUCGGUUUGAACGAAAAUUGUUAGUGACAACAGCGGCGACUACUUACUCCAAUAGUGGUUGAACUGGAUCCCCUCCUCUAAGUGGAUUUUGUAGCUUACAACUUACGAAUAGUGACAAAAGUGAUAACAGUUAGUCUCCGAUAACGAGGAACACAAAUAGGCUGAUACAGAUGAACAAAUCGUGUUAACGAGAGAAAAAAAAAUCCUCAAAAAGUUGAUCGAAUGGAUUCAGACCAAGUGUGAUUUGAGGUGAAAAUAGUGAUUGAGAGAUUUUAACUGUUUGAAGAAUUAAAAAAAUGGAUAACGCUCAAGUGAACCAAUAGACUGCCGGAGUUAGUUGUUUAAAGUUGAUCCUGUCCAGAAGAAGAGAAAACCCCUCGUCGAGAGAGCUGACCAGCUGGAAUCCUGCAUUUUCCCUUAACUUUGAUUGCCGGAUCGUCAUAAUUUAUCAAGAUGAAUCAACUUUGUAAGGUUUGCGGAGAGCCAGCGGCCGGUUUUCACUUCGGAGCGUUCACCUGUGAAGGAUGCAAGUCAUUCUUCGGACGUUCGUACAACAACCUUUCGUCGAUCUCGGAAUGUAAAAACAAUGGCGAGUGCAUCAUUAACAAGAAGAAUCGCACCGCUUGUAAAGCGUGCCGGCUUAGGAAGUGUCUCAUGGUUGGAAUGUCCAAAAGUGGAUCCCGUUAUGGCCGGAGAUCAAACUGGUUCAAGAUUCACUGUUUGCUGCAGGAACAGCAACAGGCGGCUCAACAGGCAGCCAACAACCAAAAAUCUGGACAGCCUCCGAUGCACGGAAUGUUUGGACCUCCGGGAGCGUAUCCUCAUGCGAUGUAUCCUCGACCUCCAUGCACCAAGGAAGAGCUAAUGCUUCUCGGUCUGGAAGAGUACAGCAAACAUCCUUCGGCCUCACCUUCCGUAAGCUCCCCGGAUAGCCACAACUCGGACAGCUCCAACGAGAUCAACGAUCGAAGGAACGCCCUCCUCAGGCAAGGAAAGCUUCACGAACCUCCAUCGAUCAACAAAGAACUGUUCCUGCCUCUUCCUUUCGGAGGACUGCCACUGAUGCCUCCUCCAGGAUUCCUUCCUCCAUCGCCGCUCAUGUUCUCCGGGUUCCAUCCGGCCCUCUAUCCCCACCAUCAAGGUCUCCUCAAGCCAGCAGACACCCCAAUCAUCAGCAGCUCCCCGCUAGCUAACAACAACAGCCGCUUCACACCAAAUCACAACCAAACCAGCAGCGCCAACAACAAUUCCACUCCAACUGAAACCAAAUCGCCCGAUUCUUUCACCAAACGUUUCUACCUGGACGCCGUCCUCGAAUCCCAACGGUGUCCCAGCAACGAAACGUCCGGCUCCGCCAAAGAAGAACCGGAACCGGAAGAAGUUGUCCCGGUAACGAUGACGCCCCCUCGCUCUCCAGCAGCCAGCACCGUCGCCGCUCCCCAACAGGACAACCCCAUCGAUCUGAGCAUGAAAACCGGAAGCAGUUGCUCCUCGGAAGAUCACCGAACUUCCCCUUCCGGUGCCGACAGCGACGACGAACAGCUGGUAGUCGUCUCGGAUCGAAACACCCCACCGCCCACCACCGGCAAGUACACCAACAACAACAGCCUCCCAAACAAUCACAAUCACAUCGGAAGCCAUCAUCUGAACAACCAUCAUCUGAACCAUCACCUGAAUCACAUUGGGUUCCAGCAGCGGCACCAUUCCUCCUCGGCCCACGGCAGCGGGAGUGAUUCCGAGAUGGAGGAACCGGAAACCCAGUAUGAGCGGGAGGUCAAGCGGAUGAAGAUCCAGGGCACCACCCCCCUGGACCUCACCACCAAGGUGUGAACCGGAGGAAGCUUUCUUCAAAAAGAAAGAAAAACACCCACCAAACAACGAAAUUGUGUAAUUGUGCUGUACAAAGUUCUUUAGUAGUUUAAGAGUUAUUAGGGCUGCCCCCCGGCGCAGUACGAAAUAUACCUUUAUUGUAAAUUAUGUUUUAGAGAGUAGCGUCGCAGUUUGUUGUUGGUUGUUGUUGACAAUGCGGGACAGCCGGGAAAAAGACGGUGACUUUUUUUUCGGGGGAGAUGUAAACAACAAGCAGUUUGCAGGUUUUUUUUUUUUUUUUGUUUCGAUUAUAGUCGUUUUACAGUUUGCAGGUUUUGAAUUUAUGAAUAUAAAGCGUGCUCAUAGAGCAUUGUUUCGCGAAUGAUGGAAAGCUCCGAGCUGCGUCGCUCGAGGCGACGGCGAUGAUGAGUCAUCAUCGCCGUUUCGUUUUUGUUCUGUUUCGGAAAAAUUUUCUAGUGAAGGUAGUGUUGUGUGGUGAUUUAUUUUGUUCUUGAUAUAAAUGGAAGCUAACCUAAAAUUUUUAACUUUUGUUUUGGAAAACGAAGAUACAAACAACAAUACUGACUUUAAAAAAGUAUAUAGUUAUUUCUUCCUUCUAAGUUUAACAACAUUUUGUAGAAGCUGGGCUUUAUCAAAACUCAUGAUGAUCAGAACAAACUUCGUUCUAAGGAUGCAGAAUUCCUUGCAUACUUUUAGGCGAUUCAUAUGCACUCAAGGGUUUGUUCAAAACAAUUUAAACAGUUUAACAUUUACAACUUGAUUCUUCUCACAAAUUUUCUGUUUUUGUUGAACUUCGCUGAAAAUGUAUUACGGUUUCCGAAUGACUUGCAUACUUUAAGGCGACAUUCUUCGCUCCAAGCCUACGAUGGAUUUUUUUUCAAAUUUUUGAACGGCAGUCCAAAAUAACAUUAUAGGUUCUUAAACUAAAUUUUUCACAUUGCUGAUAUUUGAUCAAAAUCCUAACGAAAAGCCAAUAGACAUUUGUAAAAUUUGAAAUUAAACGUACUUGGGUCCUUGAGUAAAUUACGUUUAACUUUAUUUUUGCAAACACUUAACUUCGAUGGUAAUUCCUAAUUGUUUCACUCAAUUGCUUUAAAAUACAAUCUAGGUUUUUAGCAUGAUGCUGUAACUUAUUCACUGAUUGAUGUUAAAUAAACAACGUGAACAAUCAUAAGCACAUGUUUUUCUACUAUAAAUAAAAUCAAAAUGACCACACCACACCACCAAGUAACGCUCCUCUUAGAAUAAUUGUAAAACGAAUGCAAUCAACCUGUAAAUAUGAAAUCCUAAAUUAACUAUUCUAGCGAAGCACAAGAAAGUGAGAACGAGAAAGAGAGUGCCUCAUGACAAACUGUUUGUAGCAAAAAAGUGAUACCUUUGUAAGCCAAUCAAUUUUGGGAAACGGAAGCCGACCAAAAAGGCCAGUUGAGCAAUGCAAAAAAAAAACGGUCCCAACUAUUCGGUUGAAAGAAUAUACUAUUUAAAACAAUUAGCGAAAAAAAAUACAAGUGCCAGUAGCCAUAUUUGAAACCGUGAGCAAUACAAACAAGAGCGAAAAAACAAAUUAGAUAUUUAGAGAAUCUCGACUAACCUAUACAAACAACAAAGUUAAAUUUUAAAAUAAUAAAAACAAAACAUAAAUUGUUGAUGCACGUUGGAAACGGAAAGGACACAAGGCCAGUAGCGAAAUCGGUUUCCUUUUUCCCGUGGAUUCGCGAAAAACCAAAUUAUUUAAUUCUAGCAUAAUUAUAGUAACUUUAUGAUUUAUGUAUUUGUAAAUGUAGACACACAUCCACAAAAGGCAUCAGUAUACUUAUUUGAAAAAUAUAAAAAAAAAUAG